GACCGGGGGACGCGACCACCGUCGUUCACCACCACCACGUACGGGUCCAGGGCACGCAUUCGGAGCCGGGAUGGCGUCCGCGUCGCCGUCGUGGGUCAUCCUGGGCCGCGUGGCCAAGGUGUCGGCCGCCGACGCCGAUCUUCCUCUGGGUGCUGACCUCUCCCUCGCGCUGCCGGCGCCCCCGCGCGUCGCGCUCCUCACCAUCCCCCCGCGCAUCUUCCCGGGCCGCACCACCUCCGACAACUUCCCCUCCGUCGUCGCCGUCGACCGCUCCGGCCUCAUCCUCCUCCACGCCUCCCAGGGCCCCGCAGCUGGCCCCGCCGUCAUCGACCUCCCCGACCGCAAGGAGGUCUGCUGGCGCCCAUUCGUCGCGGGCUACUUCGUCCUCGACUCCAAAUCCGCCUCGGCCUUCCCAGUCCCCAACUCCGAGCACAUCAUGAACCCGGGCCGCCUCGGCCUCAUCGCCUCCCCCGAGGGUGGAGGCCGCUUCAUGCUCGCUGAGCUCCAGCCGAUCGCCGGCAGCGAACAAGCCGACCUCCUCUGCUUCUCCUCGCAAUCCGGGGAGUGGGUCAGGAAGAGCGUCCCCUACCCGCUUCCGUCCCGGCCAUUGACCCCCAACGGCGUGGUCUCGCAUUCCGGGAGGCUCUGGUGGGUCGACCUCUCCUGGGGCCUCCUCACCUGCAACCCCUUCGCGGACGCGCCCGUGCUCAGCUUCGUCCCACUCCCGCCGCGCAAGGCGCUCAAGUACAGGGAAGAUUGUGCAGUGCUCGACAAGUACCGCCGCGUGGCUGUCAGCCGCGGCAAGCUGCGGUUCGUGGACCUGUACAAGAAUCGUAACAGCUUCGGCUCUGCACAAAUCAGCGUGUGGACGCUCGCCGAUCCGGACUCCACCGAGUGGACGCUGGAAUAUGAAGCGACCUUUUCGGAGAUCUAUGAUGAUGCGAGCUUCAAGGCGACUCGUCUGACAAGGCAGCUCCCGGUGCUCGCGCUCAUCCAUCCCAGGGACCCCGACGUGGUCUACUUCUUCCUGGACAGGCACCUGUUCGGCGUCGACGUGCCUGACCGCGAGGUCGUGCAGUGUGAGCUCUACGAGCUGGUUGAGGAGCUAUCCAGCGAACACAUUGCCACCCGUUUCGUUCACGCUUGGAGGCUGCCACCGGCUCUCCGCUCAGCUGCGGAUGAUGUUGUGGAGAAGCAAAACGCAGGAGGAAAUCGAGAAAUCCUUGAUGCCACUCCAGUCUUGACUUGCCGAACUGAAGUUGAAGUCGGUGGCGGCAACACAUCUGAGUCCAAGCGGCGUAGGCUAGAGUGAUCUGUUCUUGCAGUAUCUCUGUUUCAAUUCUUGUUAGCAUGACUUUCCAUGAAAUUUGUACACUUUGAUAGUAGAGAGCUGGUAACCCCAGCAUGUUAUCGGAUACCACCUUUUGUAUCCGUGAACUUGUUUGUCCUUUUUAGACCAGGCAUCAGUAAAUGUGUCCUUUGUCU